GUCAUUAUGUUUUAGUCUUAUUUAAAUAAAUUUCUCUUGCAUAAUUUCCCCGGAGAAAGACUUGAAACUUCCCACAAUCAGUCUACCCUGUCCAUCUCUUCCAGCAGGAAUCUCAAUCAAUCCUCCCAACAAAUUAAAUCCACAAAAAAAGAAGAAGAAGAAAGAAUGUCUCAGCCACUCCAACUCUGUUGCAUCCACGACGGCCGCCUAACACCGUGGAAACACGUCGUCACUAUCUUCCCAAACCAUAAACUCAUCACAAACGUCGUCGUCGUGAAGGGUUUCCUGGCGAUAUGUCUGGUGGCUUCAGUCUCUCUCUUCUCCUUCUCCGCCUUCUCCAAAUGGACUUCCACCGCAGAGUACCCCGCUAGCGGCGUACGGCGGCUGGAAUCCGAGGACCCGAACAACGCCACCCGCGUUUCCCACAUUCUCUUCGGCAUCAGCGGGUCCCUCAAGACGUGGGGCACCCGCCGGCGCUACUGCGAGGCCUGGUGGAAGCCAGAAGCCGCCAUACGUGGCUUCGUCUGGCUCGACCGGGCCCCGCAGAAGUGGCCCGAAAGCUCCCCUCCGUACCGCGUCUCCGCGAACACGUCUGGGCUCCGGUACACGUGCUGGUACGGGUCGCGGGCCGCGGUUCGGAUCGCGCGGGUCGUGAAGGAGAGCUUCGAGCUCGGGGAGGAGAACGUGCGGUGGUUCGUGAUGGGGGACGACGACACCGUGUUCUUCCCGGAGAACGUGGCGGCGGUGCUGUCGAAGUACGACCACAACCAGAUGUACUACGUGGGGAGCGUGUCGGAGAGCGUGGAGCAGGACGAGGUGCACUCGUACACGAUGGCGUACGGCGGCGCUGGCUUCGCUGUCAGCUACCCGCUAGCGGCGGCGCUGGUGGAGAUAUUGGACGGCUGCAUUGACCGGUACUCGUCGGCGUAUGGAUCCGACCAGAAGAUCGGCGGGUGUGUGAAUGAGAUUGGUGUUCCACUCACCAGAGAACCCGGCUUCCAUCAGUUGGACAUACGGGGAAACGCGUACGGAUUGCUAGCGGCACACCCGGUGGCACCAUUGGUGUCACUGCACCACAUAGACUACGUAGCCCCAUUGUUCCCACACGCUAGCCGGGAACAAUCGGUGAAGAAGCUAUUGGAGGCCUACAAAGUCGACCCGGCCCGAACACUGCAACAAACUUUCUGUUACGACCUCAAGAGGAAAUGGACGGUUUCGAUUUCGUGGGGCUACACAGUCCAGCUCUACCCAGCAGCCACAUUCUCUAAGGCCGCCAAGGAAUUGGUGACGCCGUUACAGACUUUCCUAACGUGGAAGUCAUGGAGCCAGGGUCCCUUCACCUUCAACACCCGGACCUUGAGCCUGGAGUACUCGUGCAAGAGGCCCAUUGUUUAUUACUUGGAUCGGGUACUUAACGACGCGGGAGAUGGCUUGGCCGUGACCGUGAGCACCUAUAACAAGUCCGUUGACUACAGAAAGCAAUGCAGGAAACAGGACAGCUUUGUGGAUUUAUAUUUCCAUCGGCACACAUUUCAGCACCAAGUUGCUGACGAAUUGGGGAAUAGCAAUUCCGUUGUCGACGAUGGGGUGCGAAAACCCUAAUCUCGGAUCCAAAUUCGAGAACCGAUCGAAGAAAACAAAAGGGAUACGGCGUCGGACAAUCCUACGCACGCCGGAGAGUACAAACGCCAAAUACCAUGCUCCACGACGGCAAUGUUGUGAGGUGAUCAACAAUGGAGAUGAAGUGAUGCAUGAUGCGGUACACGUAAAUAUCAGAGAAUGUUAUAAAGGGGAAUCAAUGACUCCCCCAGAAUAGAUAAGAGAACUAACUAUAAAUAGAAUUGGAAGUCCUUAACGGAACUUGACAACAUUUUGUUUGUAGAUUAGAGCAUGUAUUAAUGAAAAUAAAAGUUGUCAUCAAAU